GGGGGUCCUGCGCCCAUGUUGUGAAGGAACCGGCGACCCCUCUGAGAUGAGCCCUGUGGGGGGGCCGGUCUGGGGAGCGGCGGACCUGCCAGGAGCCCCGGCUGAGACCCAGGGCCGGUGUCCCGCCGGGAGAUAUCCCAUGCUGUCCCGCCAUGUACAGAGGCUGGGCAGAGAUCAAAUUUUUCGCUGGAAUCUCACCCAAAGACUUCUUUGGAAUAGACAUGCUUUUCAAUGUAUGAAGAAAACUGAGUACUGUUCUUGGAUUUUUUACCCCCACUUGAACCCUCUGGAUUGUCCAGUGAAUUGGAGUGGGUGUCCAAAGUUACUGCUUCCCCUGUUCUGGAACUGGCAGCUACCCAGCCUUGUGCAAAAUUGUUCAAUUCACCUCUGUACUGUUAAAAUGAAAUCUGAGGACGAUGAGCCAUCUUUAAAACGGACACGACAUAGUAGUGAUCAGGACAUUUGUUGCAGUCCUAAAGAUACACCAUGUACCUCUCCUUCAGAUGAAACACCACCAUCUCCUUCUCAGGAUAAAGAAAAAAAUACUCAACAACCAAAAGGUUUAAUCAAAAGGCACUGGGAAUACUUUUGUCAGCAGAGCAAAAAAAUGAAGGUCCUUGAAGAGGAGCAGCAGAUCUUUCAGGAUAGUAAGGACUCACAGGAAAAGUUUGAUUUUACUGUGAUGUCAUACAAUAUCCUUUCCCAGGACUUGUUAGAAGACAACUCUCAUCUGUACAAACACUGCCAACACCAUAUACUUGCUUGGAAGUAUCGCUUCCCCAACAUUCUUGCAGACAUCAAACGGUUUGAUGCAGAUAUACUUUGUUUGCAAGAGGUGCAAGAAGACCAGUAUGGAAUAGAGAUCAAGCCAAGUUUGGAAGCCUUAGGUAUAACACAUCCAUUAGUAUCUGGCCAGGAACAGUCUCCAAGGGGCAACAGAACCCUUACUAUUCCUAUUUGGCCUCAAAGCCUUGGCAUUUCUCAGGACUGUAUGUAUGAGGAACAACAGAAGCAACUGGAAAAAGAAAGAGAGAAAGAGGAAAUUAAAGAAGAAGGUUUGAAAAAUUCAGAGGAGAUCUUAAUAGUAGAAAAAAGGUUGCCCACAGAUUUACACCACAGUUUUCGAUUAUCUUCAGUUUAUUCACAUUAUUUGCCUGAGAGUGGAGUUCCAGAAAUAACAACUUGCCACUCAAGAAGUGCGGUGACUGUGGAUUACAUCUUCUAUUCUGCAACAGAGGACAGCGAGAACAAGGAACCAGGAACCAAGCCUGUUUUUGAUGGAGGCCUCAGUCUUCUUGGCAGAUUAUCGCUGGUGACUGAGCAAGAUCUGUGGGCAGUCAAUGGGCUUCCCAAUGAAACCAGCUCUUCUGACCAUCUCCCUCUCCUGGCUAAGUUUAGGCUGGAAGAAUAACACCCUGAUCAUUAAAAUGGGUCAUGUCUGCCCUCCCCUCCCCGGGCUCCUUUCACUUCUACAACAGGAAAGGACUGGCAAAGGCAUGCCUCCUUGGAGGAUUUUAAAAACUAUUUUGUAAAUUAUUAGCAGCACUUGGAUGAAGAAGUGAACUAGUUUUACAUUGGGAUUUUUUUUAAUAAUGAAAAGUAUUUGUGCUGUAUUUUUUUACGAAGUUUAUUUGCUUUUUACAAA